AAAGCCUAGAAGAGAGAUGGCGUGGGAGGCUUAGACUAUGUUUAGCCCUACUCUGAUUCUGUGGAAUGUGGGAUACCCCUUUUACACUUACGGCUCCCUCGUCGUUAUCCUAUUAAUUAUUUGGCAUGUGAGAAAGAGGUGCCGUGAAAAAAAGUUGGGACCUAACAGGACCUGUUGCCGGCAUCACCGGAAAGUCAAACACAAGCCUAAAGAUAAACCAACAAGAGCUAGGAGACUUUCCUGGAAAGAAGCUGAGAAGCCGAAGGGACUGCUUUCUGUCAUUAAAAGCCAGGGCUGGCUUCCUCAGGAGGGAAGCGUGCGGCGGCUCCUGUGUGCAGAUCCCAACUGCAACAUCUGCAAUGGCGUGGCUCUGGAGAUUCAGCAGCUGCUGGCGGGUGAGAAAACUUGCACCUCCCGCAAUUCAUCAGGGCCGUCGCAUGGGUCCUCCCCCAUGGAGAUUCUUUCCAUGUCUAGCCUCUCCCUUGAACACAAUCCAGAAUCCCUGCACUCCAAAGAAACAUCCAAGGUGUCACAAGUAAUGGACAAGAAAUCCUUAACCCAGUCAACUGGUGCAGUCAGCAUCCAUGAUUACUGGACUGGACACCAGCUAGGGCUGGGAACUCAAGUGCCAGACACGCCCAAGGAUGCAAGAGCUCUCUCUUCCCCAAGCCUCGAGAAGCCUGGGACUCCUUUGAGUCAGCAGGACAAGAAGAGCAACACUGAAGCAGUCCUAGAGAAGAAACAAGAAGCUGGCACAGGAAAUAAGACGGAGAGCUUUCCACACUGGAAUACCCGUGAGGUGAAAGGUCAAGGGCGGAAGGAGUCUACUCCCCUCUCUAAGAAGGAGACAGUGACCAAAGCAACAAAAAAUGAUGAGAAAAGAUUAACCCCCACCAAAAACCUUGAAAGACACACUAAAUCGGAGAAGAUAACAGAGGAUGAUAACGUGGUCUUCUUUGAUGCCUCCCAGUGCCUGCAAAGUGAGACCCAGCAACAUGCUGCGCACACCUGCCACUCCUGGGUCCUAUGUUCUGCCCAGAAGAAUGCUAAGUGAUGUUCUAAGCAGACUUGUGCCACUCAGCCAGAAAGUCCACUUCAGGUUUCAUCUCUCACCUCAGCAGAAGGCACUAGAAAAUACAAGAAUACCCAGUCCAGGUAAAAGGCAUUCAGAGGUUCUCAAACCCUCCAUCUCCCCAAAGAAAAGCUGUCAUCAGCAUUGCCAUUAUGUGCAGGUGAGGAAGGGCCUUCUCCAAAUAUACUUCACACCACUAAGC